AUGAGCGACAGCCAAACCGGCCGUCGUGAGAAGCCCGCCGGCGAUGGCGACGAUCCCCAUCAGUACCAAGCCGGUUCGUCUACCGACCGCGAGAAGGACCAGUGGAAGUUUCGCGCCCCUUACCGGAUCCACGACGACCCCGAUGGCUUUGACGUCAAGUGGACGGGAAAGUGCCAUUGCGGUGCUGUGCAGUACGAACUGAGCCGCGACAAGCCUCUGGCUUCCAAAUACUGCCACUGUACGACGUGCCAGCGCUUGCAUGGAGCUCCCUUCCAAUGGGCCGCCAUUUUCCAUAAAGAAGACAUCAAUUUCAUCAAGGGCCACCACGACCUGGGCUGGUACGACUCAGCCAACAAGUCGACCGCACACCAUCUACCCUGCAAGGUGCAAUGCGCCUACUGCCGGACGCCAAUCAUGGACGAGGGGCGCAACAUGAUCCUCCUCUUCCCCACCCUGGUCGAGGGCAUCAACACAGACAAGGGGCGCCAGGCGUUCAAAGCCCAGACCCACAUGUUCUACCCCCAACGCGUUGUGGACAUCAAGGACGGCUUGCCGAAAUUCAAAGGCCUCUCAGACAAGAGCCCCCUGAUCGACGAGGAGACCGGAGAGGAGAUCCCCAAUAGUGAGCCGGAGAGGAAGAAGCGGAAGACGGACGAAAACUGA